AUGUUAGUUUCUUCGCCUUCGCCCUCCGCCCUUCGCCCUGCUCCCUCCUCGCCCGCCGCCACCCAACUUCAACCUCCUCUCUCCCCAUGUUCGACCUCGUUCUCGCGCCGCCUGUCGUCGACGUCGGCUGCCUUUGCCUAUCAUAAUCAGCAGUAUGACUCUGCCGCCGAUCGUUCUGCUGCGCCCGGUAGUCCUUUCACUCCCCGUUCCUCCCGUGUGGCCAUUGAAGAGCUCCGCUCGGCUUUGAAAAGGCACUCCGUUUCGUCUCCGCCUAGCAGGCCCUCAGGGGAUCUUCCUCGCGGCCGUAUGUCCGCAGGACAGACCUCCCUUGGGGGCGGAAUUAGCACCUCCGUGUCUGCUGCAGCUACCUCCGCUGCUGGCCCCGGUCCUAACGCCGCCCUCCCUGCUACAUCCGCUGACCCUGUCGGCCACACUUUGUCCGCUCCCGGUCCUGCUACAUUGGUUCCUUCGGCUCCUUCUGCCCCUUCCCAAGUUUCGCAAGCCCCUCCAAUGCCGGCACCAACUAGUACAUCGGGGUCCAACAAGCGUAACAGCCUGACCGAUCCUACUCUUGGUGUUGAGCCAGCCGGACCGGGGCACCUAGCCCGUGAAGGGUCCCUUUCGAAAAAACUACGCCCCGAGAACCCUGCUGUCAAAUAUCUCCCUACUCGUUAUGAACUUGCAGAACCCAAGGACCUGGUGGUACUCAUUUCGAGUAUGCUGAUGGAGCUCAUUCGUUUCAACGACAAGAUACCCCUGAACCAGGGUCGGCUGACUCGUUUCCACUCACGCACUCCGCCUCGGAUCUCUGUACAUGAUUACCUGCAACGACUCACGACUCACGCGACUCUCUCGCCGCCGAUCCUUCUUAGUAUGGUGUACUAUAUCGACCGACUUUGCACACUAUACCCCGCCUUCACCGUUUCCAGUUUGACCAUCCAUCGGUUCCUGAUUACCAGCGCUACCGUCGCAUCCAAAGGACUAAGCGAUAGCUUCUGGACCAACAAGACUUACGCUCGUGUUGGCGGUAUCAGCAUGAACGAACUUGCCCUGCUUGAACUCGAGUUUCUUUUCCGCGUCGAGUGGCGUAUUGUUCCUCAGCCCGAGGUGCUGACCGACUACUACCAGAGCUUGGCGGAACGGUGCGACGGCUAUGAAAUCAAGUCAGGGGCUUGA